UCGGGACACUCUGAACGCUCCGGACACUCCGGACACUGAACACUCCAGACACUCCGGACACUCCGGACACUCCGGACACUCGGACACUCCGGACACUCGGACACGCCGGACAUGCCGCGAUGGAGGAGGCGGUGGUGAAGCAGGGCGGGCUCUACCUGCAGCUGCAGCAAACCUUCGGGAAGAAAUGGAAGAAAUUCUGGGGUGUCCUGUACCGGGAGAGCUCCUGUUCCACAGCCCGGCUGGAGCUGCUGGAAGCCUCAGGAGCUGAGAAGCCACGCAGGACCGAUGGUGGCCGAGGGCGACUUGUCCGGCUCAGUGAUUGUGUCCAUGUGGCCGAGRCGGGUGGGGACACCGCCUGUCCCAAGGACACCGUCCCCUUCGUGCUGGAGACCACGGACAGGCGAUUCCUGCUGGCCGCUGACAGCGCCGAGGUGGCCGAAUGGAUCCAGAGGCUGUGCGAGCUGGCGUUCCCGAGGAGCCGGGAGGAGCCGGCAGCAGCCAAGGAGGGCUCUGAGGGAGAGUUCUCCAUGGAGGAAAAUUCCCUGUACAGCUCCCGGGACAGAGCCGCCCUGGAGCAGGCGUUCGAGGUGACCGUGAGGGUGACACCGUCGUCGCAGCGCUGUCGUCUCCGCGGCCGCUGUGUCCUGCGGGCCGGCGAGGAGGCGCUGGAGCUGCUCCAUUUCCAGAGCCACGAGCUGCUCUUCAGCUGGCCCUACCGCUUCCUGCGCCGCUUCGGCCGCGACAAGGUGACCUUCUCCUUCGAGGCCGGCCGGCGCUGCGCGUCCGGAGAGGGMAGCUUCGAAUUCGACACCAGGCAAGGCAACGAGAUCUUCCAGGCCAUCGAGGCGGCCAUCAAUGUCCAGCGGGGCCGGGGGAGUCCGGGGGAUGAAACCCCGCGGCCACUCGGCCACGCCAGGACA